AUGGAGCAUAUAUUUCCAGAUGAUCAAUCAUAUCGGUUUGUUGUCCUCGUGGACGCUGCUCGGCCCCCACAUCCAAGAAUGGCCACGCAACAACACGACAGUUCCCUUGAGUUGCGCGUGGGCAAGAAGUUUCGCCUGGGGCGAAAGAUUGGAAGCGGCUCGUUUGGGGACAUCUACCUCGGAACGAACAUGACGUCGGGUGAAGAAGUCGCCAUCAAGCUCGAGUCUGUCAAGUCCAAACAUCCCCAACUCUUGUACGAGUCCAAGAUCUACAAAAUCUUGCUCGGCGGAGUGGGGGUUCCGAACCUACGCUGGUUUGGCGUCGAAGGCGAGUACAACGUGAUGGUAAUCGACUUGCUCGGGCCGUCGUUGGAAGACCUGUUCAACUAUUGCGGUCGCCGGUUCACUCUCAAGACCGUGCUCAUGAUCGCGGAUCAACUCCUGAGUCGGAUAGAGUACUGCCACUCGAAGAACUUUAUCCAUCGCGACGUGAAACCCGACAACUUUCUCAUCGGGCUCGGCAAACGGGCUCAGUUUUGCCACAUCAUCGAUUUUGGCUUGGCCAAACGGUACCGCGACCCAAAGACGCACCAACACAUUCCUUACCGUGAAAACAAAAACUUGACGGGCACGGCGCGGUAUGCGUCCAUCAAUACGCACGUCGGCAUCGAGCAGAGUCGCCGCGAUGAUUUGGAGUCACUCGGGUAUGUCUACAUGUACUUUUUACGAGGCAGUCUGCCGUGGCAAGGUCUGAAAGCGACGACGAAGAAGCAAAAGUAUGAAAAGAUCAUGGAGAAAAAGAUGAACACGCCGUCGGAUGUCUUGUGCCGCGGGUACCCCGCCGAACUGCGGGCGUACUUUGAGUACUGUCGCGCGCUGCGCUUUGACGACAAGCCCGACUACGCCUACCUCAAACGCCUCUUCAAGGAAUUGUUCUUCCGCAAAGGGUACCAAUAUGACGCAAUGUUUGACUGGAGUGUGAUCAACUUGCAAUCGGGGAGGCGAGAUCCCAAUGGACCAUGGGCAUCAUCCGGCAUGGAGCAGACUCCAUCGCCGCAUCAAGUGGCCGCUGCCGCCACGGGGUACCCUGGAGGACAAGGAGAGGUCUCCGGUGGGGGCGUCUGCACCCCCGUGGGUGUCACAGGUCCCAUGAGCGGUCGCGUCGUGGGGUCGUCCUUUCAACCGCAUCAGUCUCACACGGAGAUGCCACCCAUGCUGGCUGGCCAAGUUGCAAACAUGGGCGGCUUUGGAAUCCAACGCAGCGAUUCCCGUGAUGCCCCUCCACAGCAAUUCUGCGACCAAAAUGCAUCCCCCGCCCACCAGUACAACCACCACUUGCAGCAUCUCCCGCAGCCACUCCAAGCGCCGUCGUUUAGCCAUUACUACCAGCAGCAGCAGCCAAGUCGGUCCGCCCAGCAACCCUUCCAACAACACCAGUUGCCCUCGCAACGCCACAUGCUACGUGGGGACACCGUCCCUACCCGCGGCGACUACAUGGACGACCAGACUCCGAUCGCACCCAUUCGUCGUAUUCAGUCGUUGUCGAGAGACAUUGGCGAUGCGCCGCACCAGUACUCGCCGCAUCACCACCACCACCAACCUCACCAGCCCUACCACCAGCCAUACCACCACCCCCAACAGCAUCCGCCGUCCCACGACGCCGCGCGCCACCAGCGAUAUUGAAUACCACCCGUAUUGUUUGUCCCGGUGUUAGAGGAACUCCUUGUCCCGUUCGAUAUACUUUUGGUUCUUCAUCAGGCGCGGCUGCGCUUCGUUCACGUACCGCCGCCCCGUGUUGUUCUUGGCCUUGUUGUGCGGCGUCGACGGCGUCGCACUGAGCCGCCGCGCCACGACAAUGCGAUCUGUUGCUUCGCGCGGGUGAUCGCCGACGUUGUAGAUGCGGACGCCAAGGUCAGCGACGGCCGUCAUGUGCACGGCAUGGCGGUACACGGCAGACCGUGGCAUGGUUUCUUCAUCUAGACACGACGGUGAGUCCACCAUGGCGCUGUGUGCGUACCAAAGUCCACGCGCAUGAUUGUGUUUUUCUGGAUGUGAUGCUGGAUGUGCUCGACUUCGUGCUGCAUGGUCGUGAAUCGAAUCGCCUCUUGCUGCUUGACGAUGUUUUCUUCGCAGAGAUGGUUGAUUGCGACUUGGUAAAUCGUCUAGGCAUAUCGUGGCGGUGACCACGGGCGAUGCCCAUGCAAGAGGUCAAACAUGCUGGU